CAAGAUGGCGGACGGAGAGGAGAAUUCUGGCAGCCCGGUAGAAACGCCCACCGGUCCCGCCCCGCAGGAGAAGGGCAUGUCGGCGUUUCUGGACGUUUUUCGCAGAGCUGACAAGAAUGACGAUGGAGCUCUGUCGUGGUUUGAGUUUAAGAACUACUUUGACGACGGCUCUCUGUCAGAAAUGGAGCUGGGCGAACUGUUCCACCGCAUAGACACCCACGACACCAAUAACAUUGAUGUUGGAGAGCUAUGUGACUACUUCUCCCAGCAGCUGGGCCCGUUUCAGCAGGUUUUCAGUGCCCUGGAGGACCUGAACUCUUCUAUCAACACGGCUCUCAUGUCUACUGCACAGGACUAUCCCAGCAUGCCGCAGGAGAGCCAGUUUGUGCGCCGUUUCCUGCUGAAGGAGGUUCUGAACCAGAUGGACUCCCAGCAGCGCUCCGUGGACGUGGCCAGCGAACAUCUGGAGCAGGAGUCUGGGUCUCAGGAACCGGUGGAUGCCAAAGUGGAGGAGGAGCCUCGGCUGAACCGCGCCCGUCGGCGGGACAUCCGUCGUCAGAUGUCCGGGCUGUCCCGGCUGGACAGCAGUGAGGACAGCAGCGUUCUGCUGACUCAGCAGGUUCUCAGGCUCAAGACGCUGCUCGACACCUUACAGAGCAAGGUGAGGCUGCAGCCUAUAGAAGAGGAGCUGGAUAUGGAGGAUGGAGUGUCCCUGGUGCAGCUGGUCCAGCGGAGGAUGGAGAUAGAGGAGGAUAAGGAAGAGGAGUUCAGGAAGGCUCUGAGAGAGUAUCUGGAGACAGUGGAGGGGACAGACGGAUGCAUCAACCUGUGUGUGUGUCGCACCCCCGACAGACAAGAGAUCAUCCUGUACGAGAUCUGGGCAGGCACUCAGGCAUGGAAAACACAUGUGAGUUCAUCAGUCAGCAAGACAUUCCAGCACAAGGUCAUUGACCUUCUGGCCCAGCCCGAGCAGAUGUCAACCAUCACCAUACCAGCCUCCUGGCUGCAGACUGAUGCAGAGUGAAGAACUCCCCUCACAGCAGGCUGAGGUGUUCAGGUGUAGUGCCAAGCUGGAUUCUAGUGUCGGCUUUUCUCUUGUCUUCGUUACUAGUUUUACGUGGACUGUUUGUCUAUAAGCCAAAAAGCAGUUACUCAAGCAACUGGAUAUGAUUUUUGAAAUGGUCAGACGUUUCAGGUAGUAUCCACUACCUUUCGUCAAUGACUGAGAGACCUUGUUUGUCUAUAAGCCUGUUCAUCUUUCUAAUUCUAACUUCCUAACUCACACAAAGUACAAAAUAUCUAUAUUGUAGUUUACACACAAACUUUACGGUAGGAGAGAGAUCCAAGAGGACACAUUUUAAUGUAACUUUCAGCCAAAAAAAAUAAAAUCAUGGUGCUGGUUUUUGUCCUGCCAUAUUACUAGUAUGUAGGUAAAAUAUAUAGGUAAAGGAGGCUGUGUAUGUGGUUUCAAGGUGAAUGGUAUUCACAUUUCAACAAGUGGUGUGUAGCUGUCAAGGGUUUAGAUAAUACCUAGUCUUUGGAAAUAUUAACCUCAAAAAUGACUUCAACUUUCUACCUGUUGAACGAAAUGAAAGGAACUUAUCGGAAUGUUGUAAUUAUUAUCAUUAUAAUAUAACCUGAUAUCGUUUAGCUUCAUAGGUCUAUAAUAAUGAUGUUAAUGGUAACUUCAUAUCGUUAUGUAGUAUAAGGUAUAACUUUUGGUAUUGUUAAAGAAUGCACUAAAAUAAUAAGUAAUCAAAAUUAAAUUUAUACAUACAGUAUAUUAUUACUUACUAGGUGUCUAGGUAAUAGAUUUUUCACCAUUUUUGUUUUUUGAAGUUUUAUUUUAUUCACACAAUAGUGAGCUGU